AGUAAAUUAGAUUUAAUAGAUUUGUGUUGAUGUUCCAUCCCCUUUUUUCUACAAACAGUAGUGUUCGAUAUCAAUUCAAAUUUUAAUAAAUAAUAUAAUACAGCUAUAUAAUUUUUACUUUAAACCCAAUAAAAUUCCAAUCUACUUUACUUCAAUCCAUUUCAAUUUUUUAUAGUGUGUCUGUUGGGUAUUUGUUGGGUGUUUGUUGUUUGGGUGUUUGUUGUUUGGGUGUUUGUUGUGUUUGUGCUUUAUAAAUUUAGUUCAUAUAUUUUUAUUUUUCAUCAAACAUAUUUUUCUUUUCUUAUAACCAUUCAUAUAAUUAGAUUAUAAUGGCAACAAAAAUAUAAUUAUAAAUAAAUAUAGAAAUAAAAAAAAAAAAAAAAAAUAAAAUAGGAUUACAACCACUUAAAAAUUAUAUUAUAUUUUUAAAAAAAUAUUUAAAACUUUAUAACUUUUAUUCAAACCCAAAAAACAUAUACAAAUAAUAGCAAUAAUAAAAACAGCUUUAAAUAUUUCAUUUCAUUUUCUAUAAAUUCUUCUUAAAUUGCAAAGAAAAUUUAUAAUUUUUAAAAAAAAUGUCUUAUGAUUGUCUUCUAGAGAUAAUUAAAAAAGAAACAUUACCAUCAAUUAAUGAAUUUCUCUGCUUUGAUACUUUCAUAAAUCUACCCCCAAAACAAAAAGGUAUCCGUAAAUUAACAGAUCCAUCAGAGCACUGUUAUUCAAGAAAAAGACUCGCUGUCUCAGAACCAUCAAAUUCUAACUGCGAUCCAUCUAAUGUCUUAGAUGAUUCUAAACCACUCAAUACUCUUCAAACUGACAAUGUUUUAGUUAAUACAUAUCCAAACCACAAUAAUGUCUAUCCAGUUCAACCAAAUUUCCAUGAUAAGAGUACUCAGCAAACCCAACCAAAUGUACCGCAAAUCGUUCAAACUCAAUCAAAUUUCCAUGGUAUGAAUACCCAGCGAACCCAACCAAAUAUAUCGCAAACCAUUCAAACCCAAUCAAAUAUAUCGCAAAUCGUUCAAACCCAACCAAAUAUAUCGCAAACCGUUCAAACCCAACCAAAUAUAUGGCAAACCAUUCAAACCCAACCAAAUAUAUCGCAAAUCGUUCAAACUCGAUCAAAUCUCCAUGAUAUGAAUACCCACCGAACCCAAUCAAAUGUAUUGCAAACCGUUCAAAUCCAAUCAAAUUUUCAUGGCAUGAAUACCAUGCAAACCCAAUCAAAUAUAUCGCAAACCGUUCAAACCCAAUCAAAUGUAUCGCAAACCGUUCAAACCCAAUCAAACUUUCUUGAUAUGAAUACCCUACAAACCCAACCAAAUGUUUCGCAAACCGGGUUCCAACUAACCCCAAAAUAUAAGGAACGUCUAACUGCAAUAAAGAUACAACAAACUCCUCAAUAUAAUAUCCGAGAACAAGAAAGAGGACAGUUAAAUGAUCCACAACAGAUUAGACAACAACAACAACCACAAUACACACAAUACACACAAUACCUACAAUAA